GAACAGGAAGUGGUGAACAGAGCGAGCUACCUGGUAAAGCAUGAGGCAUGUCUGUUCCUCUCUCUUGACACUGCCUGUACAUCAUCUCAGCCUUUCCAAAUAUAGAUUCAUCAGACUUUGCCAUGUAUUUAACUUAAAUCUGGAGGGAGUUUCUUCAGCCCCGUCCUGCCUGGCACCUGUUUGAUCGUUUGGAGGCGAAAUGACACAAAACGGUGCUGGGACUGGUAAUGGUACCACAAAAAAAGGAGACCAACUUAAAAUUGUGAUAGUGGGAGAUGGAGGCUGCGGGAAAACAUCACUUCUGAUGGUUUAUGCUAAAGGUGAUUUUCCAGAGAAAUAUGCGCCAUCAGUGUUCGAAAAAUAUGUCACCACUAUCUCUCUCGGAGGAAAAGAGAUAAUGCUCAACCUGUAUGACACAGCUGGACAGGAUGACUAUGACCGACUACGGCCGCUUUCAUACCAAGAAGCCAAUCUGAUUUUAGUCUGCUUUGAUGUGACCAACCCCACUAGCUUUGAGAACGUCCUGAUAAAGUGGUACCCAGAGGUGAAGCACUUCUGUCACGACACUCCGGUCAUCCUGAUUGGCUGCAAGACUGACCUCAGGAAGGAUAAAGAGUGUGCAAGGAAGCUCAAGGCCAUGAAUCAGGCUCCCAUCACUUACACACAGGGUGAGGAGACCCGGCAGCAGAUGAACGCGGAGCUCUACCUCGAGUGUUCAGCAAAGUAUCAGGAGAACGUGGAAGACGUUUUCAGAGAGGCCACCAAAAGAACUUUGGCCUUCAAUCGAAAACAAAGGAACUAUAGGAGGAAGAAAUGUGUCGUUUUGUGAAGUCAAAAGGACAGAGGCUUGAGGACUUCACUCCAAACAGCUGUAUGCUUCUAGUACUCAUCAGUCCCUGUAAGUUUGGGCCCCACUGAAUCACCAGCAAAUCUCCCUUUACUGUCACAAGAAAAUGACUAAUGUUGUAGCAGGAAGGACAAUUUUGCAAGAAGUUGCAGCAGUGUGGAGAUUUUCCAAAGUGGUGUACAACUUGAAAUGUACUUUCACUUUUGUAUGAGAAAUUUCAUUUUUAGUAUUUUUAUAUUUUUUUUCCUGACAGAACAUUUUGUACUGUUUCCAAACCAGAGUAUUUUAUUAAAACAUUUAUAUCUACAGUUAGUUCUUGUAUUGUCAACUUGGAUUUUUUAAAUUAAAAUGUGCUUAAGAUCUGCUUUAAAAACAGCUGUUAGAUAACACAUUCCCAGACAAAAUAGUUGUUGAAAUUCAAUAUAUCAUGGUACUGUAGCUUUAACAGUCUUGCAGGGAAAAAACAAAACAAUCUUGAUCAACACCCAACAGGGUUAGUUCAUUUCUAGUAAAACAUAACACUGAAUUUGUUUUGGAGCUGUGUCAACUUGAGGCAGGGCUCUUAGCUUUACCAACAGCGCCCACUAGUGUUGGAAAGACUGAAUGUGCACAAUGGCUGCACAAGUUAGGUAUUUGGGCCACACUGUAAAUUGAAGAUACAACACUGAAAUAAAUACAAUUAUUUUCUGUCUCAGUGCACAAGAAACACAGAAAUAGCUACAGUUUUUUUUUAAAUUAGGUGUUUAAUUAUUAAUAUAUUUUUUUUAACAACAAUGUACACAGAUUGAGAAAUUGUCUCGUUACUGAUCAUACUCAGGCACCAGUUACAGUCUUGAAAUGAACCAUGAAAACAUUGUUUAACAUCAGCUACAUCAUAAAAAUGAGGAAAUCAAGUUGUUUUGUGCAUUCUGGCAGCUCUCGCAUCAUAUGUAACAUUUUGGUCUGUAACUCAAACAUGCUUCAAUUUUCCCUCAAUAAAAGUAAUACAUAAAUAUUA